AUGCUACCAAUGUUCUCUCCACUUGCUUUACCUGACAAUGUUCUAUCUUUUGAAGGUGAGAAAUUUUUCGAAUUAGUUAAUCAAACGUGUGGAGAAAUUUUUAAAGAAUUGAUGGAAGUACUUUCAAUCAAUACUGUUCAUAAGUUACUGUUGCUUGAAAACGAUAUUCUUGCUGUUUUUCAGAAAAAGUAUAAAGAACUAGAAAAAAUAACACAACGAGCUUGUCUACAUCUUGAUGAUGAUACGAUUAUGCUUAAACCUGGGCUACGCUUGGAUUAUGAUCGUUUUAUUGAAGCUCUGCAUGCUGUAAACAAUCAGAGCCGAGACCAGGAACAGACAGCUAGUUUAAAUGAUGUUUUUUUUUCUUUGUUGAAAAAUUUAACAAAAUCUUUUCAGUUAAAUGAAAACGAUGAUUCACAAAAUAGCUAUUGUUUUCUUAUAGCUUUUAUCGAAAAUAUUUUCAGUAAUCUUGUGAAAAAUAAAAAUAACUAUCGAUAUAGUGAAGCUGUAAUGCAUUUUGCUCAGUCAUUGUACAUACUAGGUGGAAGAAAUGUAUAUGAAUUUGUACGACUGAAUUUGCCUGGUGCAAUCCCCUCUAUGCCUACCUUAAACGAAAGUCUUGGAAAGGCUGGUGCGUGCAUUGAAGAGGGUGAAUUUCGGUACAAUGUACUUCAUGAUCAUCAGAAAUCUUAUGGCUACCAGAUAGCUGUUUGUUCUGAAGAUGCGACUGCAGUCAUUAAAAAAGUUACAUAUAAUGCUGCUACUAACACGUUCACUGGGUUUUCACUUCCAUUAGAACGUGGCAUUCCUGUCGCUCGUUAUUUUCAAACUGAUUCAUUUGAUGAAUUAAAAAAUUGGUUUGAAAAUAAAGAUAAAACAGAUUAUUUAAAUGUUCACAUGGUUCAGCCACUCAUAGCAUCUAGUCCAUAUUCAUCGCCAUUUCUACUGGCUGCAUAUGGGAUUAGCAAUAACUUUAAAGCUAUCGAUGUUCUUAACCGAUGGAUUUGGAUGUUCGAAAAGUCUAAACAGUCGAAUGUUCGUAUUGUUGCUUUUUCAACUGAUUGCGAUCCUAGAUACCUGCUUGCGAUGCGUCUCGCUACCAGUUUUUUCGCAAAAUUUGUAAAUAUCUCUCUAUGUGAUCGUAAAGAUGUGCUCGAGAUUGACUUGCCGAAAGAUUGGUCAGCUUGGUUUUUCAUGCAAACUCGUCAAGUAUUUUUCUGUUUUCAAGAUCCAAUACAUUUGUGCACUAAACUUCGUAAUCGCAUGCUUUCUAAAAAAGCAACAAUGCUGAUUGGGAAUGAAGUAGUUUCUAUCGAAGUAUUGAUGAAACUGAUUGAAACUAAAUCAAAGCUUGUGCAUGGAUUAGUGAAGACAGACAUUGAACCAAAAGACCGGCAAAAUUUCAAAGCUUGUAUCAAGCUUUCAAAUGAUGACGUACUCGCUGCUCUAGAAGAUAUCGAUGGUUCUCAAGCUACACGAGUUUAUUUACGUCUUUUACGUUCUGUCGUUUUAGCAUACGUAGAACAUAAUACUUCGAUUAUUGAUCGCAUCUAUCAUAGUUGGUUUUCAGUUUUUUUAUGUCGUAUAUGGCAGACUUGGCUGCAAAUAAUCGAUGAAAAAGAUAUUUUAGGAUACCGUGUUGAAACAAAAAAAAAUUUGUUCAUUACGGGUCCUGCACUUUUUUCUAUUGAGCUUAAUGCUCAUAGUUUACUUGCAGUUUGUCUGCUUGUGUGCCAACAUAAGUUGCCUGAAUCUGCUCUAUCGAUAUCGAAUUAUAGUUCACAACCAUGUGAAGCUACUUUUCGACUUACUAGAUCAAUGUCAGGAGCUUUCUCAUCAGUGGUAAAUUU